AUGAAAUCAUCGUAUUAUCUAGAUAUUUUAAGAGGAAGAUCUCAACAAUUACCAGAUGUUCGCUCGAAAAUUGUCCGCAUUUUUGUUAGUUCAACAUUUACAGACACAUUAACUGAACGAGAUUCUUUGAUAGAAAAUAUAUUUCCUAAACUUAAAGAUUAUUGCCGUGAAAAAUAUGGAUUAGAAUUUCAGUAUGCUGAUAUGCGAUGGGGCAUCGAAACAGAAACAGCUAAUAAUCAUGGACAAGUUGGAACAUGUUUAAAAGAAAUUGAACUUUGUAAAAAGUAUUCCGUUGCUACAAAUUUUGUGGUUUUACUUGGUCAUCGUUAUGGUUCACGACCAAUACCAGCCACAAUUCUUGCAUCACUAUUUGAUUUGUUAAAAGAAAUUGUUACUAAUGAACAAAAUGAAAAUAACGAUGCUGAAUUACUACAGCAAUGGUAUCAGCUCGAUACUAAUUGUGUACCACCUGCGUAUAUCUUACAAAACAUUUCAUCGGUUAUACCAUAUUUUAUAUCAAAGGAUAUAGAUGAAAUAAAAAAAGCAGAUAAAGAAUGGAGAGUUAUAAAUAAUCGUUUAAGACUAUGUCUUCGACAAGCAGCCGAAAAAUGUCUGGAACGAGGACAGAUAACGGAAAGUGAUUAUGAUGAAUUUUUUAUAUCAGUUACGGAAAAGGAAAUUAUCAAUGGUAUUCUAUCAGCAAAAGAUGCUAAUGAACGUACUUUAUGUUUUUUUCGUGACAUUGUUGAUAUUCGUGAUCAUUUAUCAGAUAGCAAGGCACUAAAAUAUAUUGAUAUGUCAUCACAAUCAGUUAUUGAUCAAGAAGCAGACAAAUUACUUAAUCGAUUAAAAACUAAUCGUAUUCCAGCUGCGUUAAAGCCUAAAAACAUAUUUACAUAUAAAGUUCAUUGGUCAUCAAAUGGAAUUAAUCGUGAAGAUCAUUGUGAAUACAUCGAACAAUUCAAUAAUGACUUUUUUCUAGCAAUGAAAGAACAAAUCGAUCGAUGUGUUCAAUCACGUCAUACAAUUGGUUCAGAUAGUUUACAACAUGAAGUAUUAGAACAUGCUAUACAAUGUAAAACAUAUGUUACUAAAUUUCAUGGAAGAACUGAUGUUUUAUCUGAAUUAGAAAAAUUUGUGAAAAAUAAUAAAGAAUAUCGACCAUGCGUUGUAUAUGGUGAAUCGGGUUGUGGAAAAACAAGUGUACUAGCUAAAACAGCAACAGAAGUGUUUAAAUGGUGGCCUGAUCGAUCUGUUUCCGUUAUUUUACGUUUUCUCGGAACGACACCGGUUUCUUCAACUAUAUAUAAAACAUUACUUUCUAUAUCUGAGCAAAUCUCUGAAUUAUAUAAUAUUCCAAUGACAGCAUAUCCAACUGUAAGUCAAGUUCGUGAUCAACUUGAACUUACGCUUUUUCCUCAAAUACCUGAUAACGAAUAUCUUCUUAUACUCCUUGAUUCAAUCGAUCAAUUGCACAGUGAUGCAUAUGAUUGUAAAUGGUUACCAGUGAGCUUUGCAUCAAACAUAAAAUGUAUUCUGUCAACACUACCUGAUCAUGGCAAUAUUCUAGAAAAUUUAAAGGCUAUUUUAAAUGAAAAUGAAAAUAAAAAUUUGUUCGUUCAUGUUCCUCCAUUCGAACCGUCAACAGUUGAAAUUGUUUACAAUGACUGGCUUGCAGUGAAACAUCGUUCAUUGAGCACUGAACAACGUUUAUUUAUACAUAAUUUAAUGAAUAAAAAGCAUGAAAUCCUUCCGCUAUUUAUGAAACUAAUGUUUGACAUAAUAUCUUAUUGGCAUUCAUAUGAUAAAAUCGAUGAAAGUUUAAAUCAAUUAAACGAUGUUGAUGAUUGCAUACGUUAUUUAUUUAAACACUUAGAAAUUGUACAUAACACCGUUUUAUUUAGUAGAGCACUAUGUUAUAUGACAGCAUGUCGAAGUGGUAUUAGUCAAAAUGAACUCGAAGAUGUUCUUUCACUUGAUGAUGAUGUACUUAAAAGUGUUUUUCAACAUUAUAUACCACCUGUUCGACGUUUACCAGGCAUUCUAUGGACAAGAAUUCGAAAUGAUUUAGAUGAAUAUAUUACAGAAAAAGAAGUCGAUGAUGCACCGGUUAUUUAUUGGUAUCAUCGUCGAUUUAUUGAAGUCGCACGAGAAUUGUAUAUAUCAAAUUUAAAUGAAACAGAUCGAAAAAUAGUUUUUCAAAAUGUUGUUGAUUUAUUUAAAGAAACAUGGAAAGGAAAAAACAAACCAUUUAAAAUUGAUGAUCCUAAAUUAGUUGACAAAUACAAAUUAGAUAAGUCAACCGGUGAAAUUCAAGCCAAUCGUUUUACAACAUCACAGCCUGUUGAAUUUAUUGAUGUCGACGGUCGAAUACAGUAUAAUAAACGGAAAUUAAAUGAACUACCUCUCUUUUUAAGUAAACUAGCGCCUGAUAUAGCAAUACCGAUUGCAGCUGACGAAAUGUUUUUUAAUUAUUCAUUUAUGCAUGCUAAAUUUAGUUGUUCACAAUUUAUUGAUAUUCAAAAUGAUAUUGAUCAAUUUGAAAGUUCAUCAUCAUAUAAAUCAUCCGACGAAGUUAAAUUAGCUCAAAAAGAACUUUCAAUUCUUAAAAUGACAUAUCUAUUAUUUGGUCUCUUGCUUCGUGAAUAUCCAGAUAAUUUUGCAUUUGAGUUAACAUCUCGUUUACUAUUACUAUAUGGUUUAAAACAUAAUCUAACAAAUCUAUUAAGACAAUGUGAUGAACUAAGUCCACGUCAUUGUGCACUUAUUGUACCUUAUUGUCAAAUACAACCACCGGGCAAUGGUUUACUCUAUACAAUGAAUAAACAUACAAUGCCAGUUAUUGAUCUUGAUUUUACAAAUAAUCAAAUGGCAGCUAUAUCAUUAUCAAAUAAAAUAAUUCUUAUUAAUAUGCAAACAGGUAACACAGCGUUAGAUAUUAAAUUACCAAAAUUAACUGAGCCUUAUUUAAAUUCGACCACAUUACCAAAAAUGAUUGUACGUCAUUCAAAGAACAAGAAUACUGUUGAUGAUGACAAUGAUUCUGAUGAUUCAGAUAAUAGCUCAAUUGAUGGUGAAGAACACUUUAAACAAUACGUUUUUUUCGUUAAUUCAUUUCAUAAUAUUUAUCUUGUAUCAAGUCAGGGUGAUAUUAAAUUUCAUCGGACAUCAAUUAAAGGAUAUUCAGUUUGCGAAAUUAUUAGCAAUAGACGUGGUUUAUGCAUUCUUGUCGAGCCAAAUUCGAAUUCUGUUGAAUGUUGGAGUGUAGGAGAAAAUAAAUUAUUUUCUAAAAUUGAUUUAUCAUCAACAGCGUCGAUUAAAACAGUUGUAUAUUCUAAAUUAAGUUCAAUAUUGCUUAGUAUUGUUCUACAUGAUGGUACUAUUCUAUUUUAUAUGCUCAAGAAUUCAAUAUUUAUUCAUCGUGGUACAAUUAAUGCUGGUAAACGUUUAGAUAAAGUUACUGCUGAUAAAGACAAAUUAAUUUGUACAUUUGAUUCAACUGUUCCCAUUGAUUUUGUUUAUAUUGAUUUAAAUUGCAUAAAUCAAACAGAAGACUUUUUAUCUGAAAAAGAAAUAAUUAAAACAUCAAUUACUUUUGAUCCACCUAUUGGUCCUAAACCCAUUGAACAAAUUAUUCUACCUGAUGAUAAAGAAAAUUCAAACGAACUCUUGAUGAAAAUAUUCUUUAUGAUCUUAACAAAAGAAUGUUUAUAUGUUGUGCAUGCUUGUAUGAUAAAAGAAGUAUCAUAUAUACGCAUUCCGGGUCAAUGUGAUGUUGUUUCAAUACAUGCGAAGAACCGCAAUUUAAUAUAUACGAGUCGAGGUGGUAUUGUUAAUAUGUAUAAAUGGAAGUGCACGGAAGGAGAAGAUGAUGCCAAUGGGAACUGCCAUCUUAAUCAUGAAUAUCAACUACUUGUUUCUAUUGAUAUUAGUUCAUCGCCAGUACUUACUAUAAAGCCAGCUGGUGAUACUGCGGGACUUUUUCUAUGUUCAAUGCAAAAUGGAGUUAUUAAUGCAUAUCAUGGUUUUGCAGCACGGCAAGCUUUAAAGAAAUUACCGCCACUGCCACGUACCACAGAAUUAGUUAGUACGAUUCAAUUGUCGGGAACAAGAGCAAUUACACUGGAUGCAUCAAAACGUGAACUUUGUUCAUGGGUAUAUCAAUAUUCGACAUCCAUUGAAUCAAAACGUCACUUUCCUGAUUCGACAAAAAUCGAUAAUUUCGCUGUUUUAUCCGAAACAGCUGUACUCAUCAUUACCAAUACUUACUGGGCUGAAAUCUAUGCAUUAAAAUCUCUAAAUAAAGAACCACUUUUUCGUGUUCAUCUACGUAAUCCAUCUCAAGUAUUUAGUGUAAAUGAUGAAACUUUUAUUGUGAUAACAAAUGAUGGAUCAGUCCGUUGUAUUACUCGACAAAUAAAUAAGACUAAUAUCAAAUAUAAUCAAACACCAAAUAAACAGUUGAAUAUAAAUUGUACACGAUUAUUCUGUUCAAUGUUAACUCUUAAUUCUAAAAAAUCACUUGUUGUACUUGCUGAUGAUGAACAUUCCUUAGCCAUCUGGACAGCAAAUGAAAUUAUUUAUAUGAAUAUUGAUCUUUCACAAUAUGCCUCAACACGUUUAAUACGUAUGACAAGUGAAAUUAAUCAAGAAAUUAUUUUAUUUUACUUUGAAAACAAAUCCCUCUGCUCAUGUCGCAUUCAAUUAUCGGAUAAAAAUUCGUUUACACUAACACCAUUUGAUACAGCCGAUAUUUAUGCUUUAAAAAAUAAUUGCUUAGCUACUGCAAUUAACGGUGAGAAUCAAUUGAAUUUACAUAAUAUUAAUUUAUGUGUUUGUCAUGAACCUAUACAACUUGAAAAUGAAUGUGAACAAUUGUGUUUAAAUGAAUCAGGAAACUAUGUAUUUACUCUUGUUAAACCUCGAGUUUUAUGCAUGUAUCGUGUUCAUGAUCGUCGUCAAUUAGCAAGAUUAUUUGUUUACGACUUUGUAACAACGAUGAUUGCUAAUAAUGAUUUUAUUAUUCUAGCCAUAAAUGAUAGACGUUUAUUAACUUUAAUGAUUGCUGAUCCAGAUGAUCCAACACUACAAUCAAAAAUUCAAGCACUACCAAGCAGAAAUUUAAAACGAGAUAGCCAUUCAGCUGGGAAUCAUAUUGUUGAACAGAUAGAAACUUUUAUGGAGAUGAGUUCAGAUGACUUCGACACUGAUUUUGAAGAUGAUCAAGAACUGGAAAAUAAAGAAUUCGAUGUAUACAAAGUUAAAAAGAUGACCACACCAACAACUUCAUAUCGUUACAUUCAUCGUCUGAAUAAAAAAAUUUCAUUAUCGAAAAUAGAAAAUGAUGAAGUCCAUAAAAAACAGUUUAUUAAGAAUUAUGUGGAUACUGCAAAAGUUAAGGGAGACCCAGGCAUUGUUAUCAAUGUUUCUGAUGAUGAUGAUGAUGAUGAUGACGUAUUUAUUGAAGAUCAGCCUUCAGUCGAUAAUAAUUCAACUGAACAAGAAACUAAUCUUGAUGGCAUACGUCAAAAAGUUUUAGAACAUGAUCAACAACAAAUUAAAGGAAUUUAUUUAGCUAAUGCAGGAGCAAAUAAUAUCAAAAUAGUGAAUAAUUACUCGGUUACAUCCAGCACAUGUAUGCUUAUGUGA